AAAAGGGUACAAUAGUCAUUGCCAAAACCCAAUCCGCUACCCAACCUGCACUACGCCAUGGCUUUCUCUCUUCACUCCACGUUUCUCAAAUCUCAAAUCCCGAUUCCGAUUCCGAUCUCCGCCGCCGCCACCGUCGUCGUUUCCCUUCCGGUACGCUGCGGUCCUCGGGACAACCGAGGACCGCUAGUCAAAGGCAGAACCCUAAGCACCGAAGCAAUCCAAGCCAUUCAAUCUCUAAAACGGGCCGAGAAAUCCGACCCGACGAAGCUCGAACAAGUCCUCUCCACUACGCUCUCCCGAUUGCUCAAAGCCGACCUCGUCGCCACCUUAAAGGAGCUCCUCCGGCAGGACCGGUGCGCCCUCGCUUUGGAGGUUUUCGCCGUCGUACGAUCGGAGUACGGCGCCGAUUUAGGGAUGUACGCAGAGGUGGCGGCGGCGUUAUCGAGGAACGGAGCGAUGGAGGAAAUCGACCGGUUGGUUUGCGAUUUGGAAGAUGAAGAUAGGGUGAUCCAGUGCGAUGAUAAGGGUUUGAUUAAGUUGAUCAAGGCGGUGAUUGGUGGGGAUAGAAGGGAAUCGACGGUGAGGAUUUAUAGGAUGAUGAAGAGGAGCGGUUGGGGAUCCACCAUUAAAGCCGAUGAUUAUACGGUUAGGGUUUUGAGCAAGGGCUUAAGGAGGCUCGGGGAAAUGGAGAUGGCCGAUGAGGUCAAUAUGCAAUUUCAAGAUUUAGUGGGCAGUUUUUGAAAAUUGACCCAACCUGUAAUUUCUUUUUUAAAUGUAUUAUAUUUCUAUUUACUUUUGGAUUAUUAACUAA